AUGGGCGAGACCAUGUCCCGGAGGCUCAAGUUGCAGCUGGGCGGGGACGCAGAUAUGGAAGAUCGGGCGUUCCCCAACCCUUUCCCGGACUACGAGGCCGCCGCCGAGAGGCAGGCCGAAGAGUCGCCAUGUUCUCGCACCCCGCUCUCCCCCGAGGAGCUCGGCCUCCCUUUCCACAGCGAUGGGAAGAUUAUUAAUAACUUCACAAGACGGAUCCAGACCAAAAUUAAAGAUCUUCUACAGCAAAUGGAAGAAGGGCUGAAGACAGCUGAUCCACAUGAUUGCUCUGCUUAUACUGGUUGGACAGGCAUAGCCCUUUUGUACCUGCAGUUGUACCGGGUUACAUGUGACCAGUCCUAUUUGCUCCGAUCCCUGGAUUAUGUAAAGAGAACACUUCGGAAUCUGAAUGGCCGAAGGGUCACUUUCCUCUGUGGAGAUGCUGGGCCCCUGGCCGUUGGAGCUGUUGUAUAUCAUAAACUCAAAAGUGAUUGUGAGUCCCAGGAAUGCAUCACAAAACUUUUGCAACUCCAGAGAACCAUCGUCUGUCGAGAUUCAGACCUUCCUGAUGAGCUGCUUUAUGGACGGGCAGGUUAUCUGUACGCCUUACUCUACGUGAACACGGAGAUAGGUCCAGGCGCUGUGUGUGAGUCAGCUAUCAAAGAGGUAGUCAGUGCCAUCAUUGAAUCUGGCAAAGCUUUGUCCAGAGAGGAGAAGAAGGUGGAGCGCUGCCCCCUGUUGUAUCAGUGGCACAGGAAGCAGUAUGUCGGAGCAGCCCAUGGAAUGGCCGGGAUCUACUACAUGUUAAUGCAGCCAGCAGCAAAAGUGGACCAAGAAACCUUGACAGAAAUGGUGAAACCUAGUAUUGACUAUAUGCGCCACAAAAGAUUCCGGUCUGGGAAUUACCCGUCCUCACUGAGCAAUGAGACGGACCGAUUGGUGCACUGGUGCCACGGGGCUCCCGGCGUCAUCCACAUGCUCAUGCAGGCGCACAAGGUUUUUAAGGAGGAGAAGUACCUGAAGGACGCGGUGGAGUGCAGCGACGUGAUCUGGCAGCGAGGCCUGCUGCGGAAGGGCUACGGGGUCUGCCACGGGACCGCUGGGAACGGCUACUCCUUCCUCUCGCUUUACCACAUCACGCAGGAUAAGAAGCACCUCUACCGAGCUUGCAAGUUUGCCGAGUGGUGUCUAGAUUAUGGAGCACAUGGCUGCCGAAUUCCUGACAGACCCUAUUCUCUCUUUGAAGGCAUGGCUGGCACUGUUCACUUCCUCUCCGACAUCCUGGCCCCAGAGGCAUCACGGUUUCCAGCAUUUGAACUCAGCUCUUCACAGAGGGAUACAAAGGUUCAAAAAGACUACUAA